UGACUUGCGUGCAGUAGUAUUCUUGGAAACACAAAAGUGGUGAAAAAUAUUCAAUUUAACUAGAAUUAAAUUUGUGACAUUGUUGCCAUGGCGAACAAUUAUAAUGUGAAUUUUAGUACAAAUACCGGCUAUCCUCCAUCCGGACAGUUCCAACCAAUUGCUGCUCAACCUAUGCCAAUGCCAAUUGCUGCUCAACCACAGCCCGGUCCAAAUUCUGGUACUUGGAUGAUUGCACCAACUGUAACACCAAACUGUCCGCCCGGUUUGGAAUAUCUAGCGUCAGUUGAUCAAUUGUUGGUUCAUCAAAAAGUUGAAUUGCUAGAAGUCAUAACCGGUAUUGAAACGAACAAUCAGUACGAAAUCAAAAAUACGUUGGGUCAGAGGGUUUACUUUGCUGCUGAAGACAAUGAUUGCUGUACUCUAAAUUGUUGCGGACCAUCUCGUCCAUUUGAUAUGAAAAUAUUUGAUGUCAACCAAAGAGAGGUUAUGCGUUUUGAUCGUCCGUUGGCUUGUUCGAGUUGUUGUUUUCCUUGUUGUCUGCAGUCGUUGGUCGUAUCAGCACCGGUUGGUAAUGUCAUCGGUACUAUCGAACAAGAGUGGUCGUUGUGCUUUCCUCAAUAUAAAGUCAAAAAUAAUGUUGGUGAAACGGUUCUUCGCAUUGAAGGGCCCUGUUGUACUUUUUCAUGUGGUGGCGAUGUUGAAUUCAAGAUUCUCUCACUGAACGGCAACCAAGUGGGCAAAAUUUCAAAGCAAUGGAGCGGAUUGGCAAAGGAAAUGUUCACCGAUGCUGAUAAUUUCGGUAUUAGCUUCCCAAUGGAUUUGGAUGUUUGCAUGAAAGCCGUCAUGCUGGGCGCCUGCAUUUUGAUUGAUAUGAUGUUCUUCGAAACGACCGACGAUAAUUAAACUUUUAGCAGUAGUUUACUUACAACAACGGCAGAUGGAAUGCGUCAUCAAAUUUCGUCGGCAUAAAAUGAUAAGAAAAACUCCAAAAUGUUGUUAAUUGUGUUUUUUUGGUAGAGUUAAAGUAAAUAAAUGGAAGAAAAAAAAUAUUCCGAAUUUCAA